AUGACAAGAGAUAUACAAAACCAUCUUUUGUUCGAGACGGCAACAGAGGUGGCAAAUAAGGUUGGGGGUAUUUACUCUGUUUUGAAGUCGAAGGCGCCUGUUACAUGCGGACAGUAUAAGGAGCACUAUCAUUGUAUUGGGCCUUUGAACCCGGACUCGGUGCAGAUAGAGGUGGAGCAGAUUGAUUGGGAGCAUGGGGAUGGGGUGUGGAGUAUGGAGAUGCUUCCUGUUAAGCGUACGUUACAGCACAUGCGGGAGCGUGGUGUUAAUUUUGUUUAUGGGCGUUGGUUAAUUGAGGGGGCUCCGAAGGUAAUUUUGUUUGAUUUGGAGUCAGUGCGUCAUCAUCUGAGUGAGUGGAAGUCGGAUCUCUGGACGACUGCAGGGAUACCUUCUCCGGAGGAUGAUAUGGAGACAAACAACGCUAUUCUGUUGGGCUAUACGGUAGCGUGGUUUUUGGGGGAGCUAGCCGCUCAGGAUCAGCGUCAUGCGAUUGUGGCGCACUUUCAUGAAUGGUUGGCGGGGGUGGCUCUUCCUCUGUGUCGUAGAAGACGAAUUGAUGUGGUGACGAUCUUUACGACGCAUGCGACGUUGUUGGGGAGGCAUUUAUGUGCUGGUAAUGCGGAUUUUUACAACAAUUUGGAUAGUUUUGAUGUGGAUUCGGAGGCAGGACGGCGUGGGAUAUAUCAUUGCUACUGUAUUGAGCGUGCGGCGGCGCAUACCGCAGAUGUGUUUACGACGGUUUCGCAGAUUACUGCGUAUGAGUCAGAGCAUUUGUUGAAGCGGAAGCCUGAUGGGAUUUUGCCCAAUGGGCUCAACGUUAUCAAGUUUCAGACUGUGCAUGAGUUUCAGAAUUUGCAUGCUUUGAAAAAGGAGAGGAUUCAUGAUUUUGUUCGUGGGCAUUUCCACUGGAAUUAUGAUUUUGACCUCGAUAAUACGUUGUAUUUUUUUGUUGCCGGGCGGUAUGAGUAUCGUAAUAAGGGGGCCGAUAUGUUCAUCGAGGCGUUGGCACGGUUGAACUAUCGUUUGAAGGCAGCAGGUUCAAAGAUGACAGUAGUAGCAUUCAUCAUCAUGCCUGCUAAAAACCGAUCGUAUACCGUGGAGGCGUUGCGCGGGCAAGCAGUGGUUAAAUCGCUGGAGAAUACCGUUAAGGAUGUUACCACGCUGAUUGGUAAGCGGUUGUUUGAGCACGCUGUGCGAUACCCACGUAGCGGUAAAUCCGAAAUCCCUAACGAGCUGGGGGAGUUGUUGAAGCCAUCAGAUAUGGUGCUCUUGAAGAAACGUGUGUUUGCGUUGCGUAGACCUGAGGGGUCGCUGCCCCCCAUAGUAACACAUAACAUGGUCGAUGAUGCUGCGGACCCGAUCCUAAACCAAAUUAGGCGUGUUCAAUUGUUUAACCAUUCUUCAGACCGUGUUAAAAUUAUUUUCCAUCCAGAGUUCUUGAACGCUAAUAACCCAAUUCUGUCUUUGGAUUACGAUGAAUUUGUACGUGGGUGCCAUUUGGGAGUAUUCCCUUCUUAUUACGAGCCAUGGGGUUAUACCCCUGCUGAAUGUACUGUUAUGGGUGUCCCCUCCAUCACUACAAAUUUGUCAGGGUUCGGUGCUUACAUGGAGGACUUGAUCGAAAGAGAUCAGGCAAAGGACUAUGGUAUCUACAUAGUAGACCGCCGUUUUAAAAGUCCCAACGAGAGUGUUGAACAACUCGUCGACUACAUGGACGAGUUUUGUAAAAAGACCAGGAGACAGAGAAUCAACCAAAGAAAUAGAACAGAGCGGCUUUCUGAUUUGCUUGACUGGAAGCGUAUGGGAUUAGAAUAUGUGAAGGCAAGGCAAUUGGCCUUGAGAAGAGCUUACCCCGAAGAAUUUAUGGCCCUGGUGGGUGAAGAUUUGGACGACCAGGACAUGGAUUCCUUGGCCGGGGGUCAAAAGUUUAAAGUCGCAAGACCUCUCUCGGUCCCUGGGUCUCCAAGAGAUCGCUCUAGUUCAAUGAGUGCGAUCCUGAUGACACCUGGCGAUUUAGGUACCCUGCAGGAUGCGAACAAUGCAAACGACUACUUCCACUUAUCGAUGCAAGAUGAGGACGAAAACGAUGAGGAAGAUCAAAACUAA